AAAUUUUUACCCCUAAACAUUAUCUACAAAAUUAAUUGAAGAACAAGAGCAACAACAAUCAAGCUAUACAACUGCUAUAGCACGAGGAGAUAUCGAAGUCAAAGACAUCGAUCGACAUUUAAUGCGUUUGUAUGUACAUACAUGAUUAUACGUUUGUAUAUGUGUAUAACAGCUACUUAGCUACCAGCAGAAUUAACUUCUGCGGCCAUUUGGAGCAUUAACACAACGUUUAUAUAUAAAUACAUAUAUAUAAAAGACAACAACUCAGCGGAGUUGAAAUAAUUUUUAAAAUUCAUAAACUCACAAGUGAGAAAAAUAAAAAAGAGAAAAACAACAGCAAAACGAUACGAUUCUGUAUUUCAUACGUUAAGAAAAUGGGCCAAACUUUGUCAGAACCAGUUACCGCCAAGGAGUCGUCAUAUUGUCAAAAUGAGUUGUAUCGUGUCGGGUCCAGUUGUAUGCAGGGUUGGCGUAUCAAUAUGGAAGAUUCACAUACACAUAUUCUAUCGUUACCCGAUGAUCCAGGUACAUCGUUCUUUGCAGUCUACGAUGGCCACGGCGGAGCUACCGUAGCUCAAUAUGCUGGCAAACAUUUACACAAAUUUAUUUUGAAACGUCCCGAAUAUAGUGAGAAUAUCGAAAAAGCAUUAAAACAGGCGUUUUUGGACAUUGAUUAUGAAAUGCUGUAUAACGAAUCCUGGGGAGAACAGAUGGCUGGUUCAACAGCCGUUGUUGUCUUAAUUAAAAAUAAUCACUUGUACUGUGCCAAUGCGGGUGACUCCCGCGCAGUCGCCUGCAUUAACGGAGAGGUAGAGACUUUAUCUAUGGAUCACAAGCCCAACAAUGAAGCAGAAACUAAACGAAUUAAUGAAGGCGGCGGUUGGGUGGAAUUUAAUCGUGUCAAUGGUAAUCUGGCGUUGUCAAGGGCUUUGGGCGAUUUCGUGUUCAAGCGCAAUGAAAACAAGAAACCUGAAGAACAAAUUGUAACCGCUUAUCCGGAUGUGGAAACACGCACAAUUAGUAGUGAGUGGGAAUUUCUAGUGCUGGCUUGUGAUGGCAUUUGGGAUGUAAUGAGCAAUAAAGAAGUAAUUGACUUUUGUCGAACGCGCAUUGGACAGGGUAUGUAUCCCGAGGAGAUAUGCGAAGAUCUAAUGAAUCAUUGCCUGGCGCCGGACUGUCAAAUGGGCGGUUUGGGCGGUGAUAAUAUGACUGUAGUUUUAGUCUGUUUUCUACAUAAUAAACCAUAUUCGGAAUUGGUGGCACGCUGUGCGUCUCCGGCCACACCGCAACAACGUAACACUAAUGGCACAGCAACACCCAGUCAAGCGUCACUGUCCCCAUCUGCAAGAUGUGCUUUAAAUUUAAAAUAACAUCAUGCAAUAGUUGGCAGUUUGCUCUGCAAAACAAUACAAUUAACUUUAUACAAUGCAAACAGCAGCAGCGAUAACAACAGCAGAACCAGCAACACUUAAUUUACGUGUUUGAUGGAUGAUUGAUUAGAUUUUCUUCCUUCCUUAAGCCGAUGAUUUUAAAUUUAUGUUAAUCAAUUUUAUGGAUAUUUAUGCAAAAAAAACUCAACGUUUUCUUUUGAUAUUUAAU